AUGAGUAGUACCACCUCUGCAGCACCUCCAAUGCCGGUGAAAAAACCGACUGUCGAGGACUUCCUGAGCCGCUCCAUCCAGAACAUCACCUACUCUGCCUCUGGCACAAAACUGAACCGUCAAGGCCGCGCCAUUGCACGCAUCGUCUACCGCGACCGCCAGCUCAACUUCGAGCUUAGCAGAUGGACACAACAGGCCGUGGGCCAGAAGCUCCGCGUCUCCCGGAAACAAAUCAGUCGCGCCAUCCACAACCUGGACAACGACAACGUUGGGGACGACCUCACCUUCGUCGCCAAUGCUAAGGUGUGGCAGCGACAUUUCCAGACGAGUAUAGACCGUGGCUGGCAGCGAGCCGAAACGGAGUCAGAGCCCGAUCGCUCGGGUGAUGAGGGCACUGAUCACAACGACGACGACGACGUUGAGUCCAACGCCGACGGCGACUUGAAUCAGCCUGCGAUUUCCGGUGGAAGUUUCGGGCCAAGUACACGCGCCAAAACCAAGUCCAAGAGCGCCAUUGUUACCGGCCUAUCGAAGAGCAUGUGCAAGUUCCUUGCGGAUGUCAGAGGUUUGAACAUGGUCCAUCACCAGGCAAUGUUCGAGGCCAAGGGUUUUACCUCCCUCACGAAACUGCUCGAAUAUGCGCGUCUCAACGAAGCCGAGCUCGCGAGUGCGCUGGAAAUUCUGUUCAAAAACGAGCUGUCGGAGUGUGACCGCUGCUUGCUCCUCUUCGCUAUCCGGGAUCUGAAUAUUUGA